GCUUCGGGGGCCGCCGGGAGCCGUGCGCUGCUGGCACCAAGCGGAUCUGGGGGUCCCCGGCUAGGAUGGAGGGUCGUGGGGAGGCGGGCGAGGAGGAGGAGGAGGAGGAGGCAGAGGGGGAAGAGGAGGGGGUGCGAAUCACCCCCCAGCUGCUGAAGGCCAGCACCGGGGAGUUUGCCCUGGAGUCCAUCCUGCUGCUGAAGCUGCGGUGCCGCGGCAUCGCCCACCUGGGCUGCCUGGGUGACUGCGCCAACCUGGAGUGGCUGGACCUCUCCGGCAACGCCAUCACCCAGCUGGGGCCACUGGCCGCCCUCAAGUCCCUCACCGUCCUCAACCUCUCCUGCAACCGCAUCACCAGCCUGGAGCCGCUUGGCUCUUGCCAUAACCUCCAGAGCCUCAACGUCGCUGGUAACCUGGUGAGCAGCCUGCAGCAGCUGCGCUGCCUGACAGGGCUGCGGCGCCUGGAAAGCCUGCGCCUCCACGACCCACUCGCCCAUCUCACCAACCCCCUCUGCGCUGCCCCGGCGUACUGCACCACCUUGGCUGACAUGUUCCCCGGCCUCAAAGCCAUCGACGGUGAGCGGGUGUCUGGUCGCGGCAGCGAGCUCUACCAGCUCUGCCGGGAUCUGGACAGCUCGCUGGGCCAUGGUGCUGGCGCUGGUGCCGAACCGGUCCGUGCUGCUCAGCCCUGGGUGGAGGCAGGUUUCUGGGAGCCGCGGCCACCACGGCACAGCUCCAUCAUGGAGGAGGCCUACAGGCAGUUCGGGGAGGCGCUGCAGGAGUGCCGGGAGCUGAGCCACCGUGCCGACAAUGCCAUCACCCAGGCGGAACGGGUGCUGAGCGGCCGCCCCGACCCCAGCUCCUUCAUCUUCUGAGCCACGAGACCCCCAGUCCCAUGAGGGGAGAACCCCCCACCCUGUGCCGCUGCUGUCCUGGCACUGGGCCACACACAGGGACACGGCAGGGACCAGGGGGCAUUGUGGCGCCGUGCAGUAAAGCCAUGCCAUCCUCUGA